AUGCUCGGACUAUCCAAGGCGACGCGGAACAUUUGUCAGCUCGGCACCAUAUUCUUCUUCCACUCUUUUCCAUUCUACACGCUGUGUGAGUUUUCAGCACAUUUUUGCGUCAAAAAGAAGAAAAUUUCAGCCGCGCUCGCCCAGACGAUCGUCGAGAAGCUGUCGAAAGUGCACAAUAUCAGCGAGCACGCCGGCUACUACAGCUCCUUCAUUUCCUACCUCAUCUUCACAUUCGGCCAUUUCGUCGCCACUCCCAUCGUCGAAAUCAUCACUCCAAAGUGGUCGGUGCUCGUCGGAUUGGUCGGCUACGCACUCUACGAAGCCUCGUUUUUGUACGUCAAUGAGGUGUUGCUCUAUCUUGCCGCCGCGUUCGUCGGCUUUUCCGGAUCUUGUAAGUGUACAGACGGAAAAUGUCCAAACAGGUGCGAUAUUGUAGUGUUAUGGACGGGUCAAUUCGAUUAUUUAUCUCAAAAUUGUCAGCCGCACACUUUGGACCGCAACGCCUCCACCCUCUGGGGACUGUCGCAGAUCUCGUGAGUCCCGCUCGAAGUUUAUAUUUUCUACUAUUGUAAAUGUUCCAGACUUAUGGUCGGUGGCCUUUACCUGCUCAUUCUGUACCGUUUCCAAGAUGGCGAUGACUUCCAGCUACCUUUAGUGAGUCUAAAAAUCGGAAAAUUCGCAAUCUCAAAGCCCUCAAAUUCAGAUCCAUCUGGUCAUUUGCUCGUUCCUCGCGUGCUCAAUUCUCGCCUCUUUCAUCUGCCUGUUCCUGCCGAAACCGGCGUUUCAGGUGGAGAAGUACAAAAUUCCGUACUUCGCGCAUCUAUGUACGCCCUUUUUACCAUCGUUCCCAGAGAUGUUGAAGUGAAGAUUUGCAGCGGAAAUCGUCAAAAUCACGUUCGAUCGUAACGUGCUCUUCUUGCUCUUCACGUUCGUUUACACCGGAAUGGAGGCCUCGUUUUUCAGCGGCAUUUUUCCGACGAUGGUCUCGUUUACGCAGAAAUUGGGCAACAAUCGGGAUAUGAACGCGUGGGCGCUCAUUUCCGUCGGCGUUGGCAAUGUGACCGGUUUGUUUCGCAACUGGUUGAAGCACUGAAGGACAGUUUGCAACCAGAUCGCUUUGCAAUUGUGCCGGUUGCAAAGUGUCUAGUUCAGUUGCAAAAUAGCUGGAUCAUAAACCUCUAUUUUCAGCAAGUUCGCUCCUCUCAUCGCUGGGAAAACGAGUGCGUGAGAUCGGCCGAAAGAAGAUGGUCGUGAUGGGCGUUCUCCUGCACAUCACCUGUUUCGCCCUCUGUUUCAUGACGUUCCCGAACGAGUGCUCGCUAAAACCGACGCCCGAACAGAGCUACUUCGCGCCCAGCGCUCUAAUCGUUCUGGUGUGCGGAUGGCUGUUGGGAGUCGGCGACACUAUUAUCAAUCAACAAUGCUACACGAUUCUCAGCGACAUUUUCGAGCACGACAAGCGCAUCGAGGGUUUUGCGGUUUAUCGCUUCUUUCAGGUACUCUUCUUUUUUUUGAAAACUAUCCCAUCAGAAAUUGUGUUUCAGAGCGCCGCCGGGUGUGUAAUGAUGCUGUACGCCACUCACGUUUACCUGAGGACUCAUGUCUUUUUGCUCACUUUUUUCGCAGUCAUGUCUACGAUCACUUUUUGCGGAAUACGGAUACCGAAAAGCAGUGAACUACCGGUCAGCACUCAACAAUCGGACAAUAUCGAACAGGCAUCUCUUUUGGAUCAACACUCAUAAUACUUACUGCCUUACACUCGAACAUAUCGAAUAAAACUGUGAAGUUAUUGAGAGAGGGAGCGAAGGGAAAAACUGAAAAAAAGAAUGCGAAUUGUUUAUCGAUUAGAUUGCUUCAUGGGCGAAACUGAUCAACAGAAAAUGUUUUUCAAGUGCCUCGACGGAUAGUUGAAAGACUCACACAGACUUGACUAGACAGGGCAGUAAUGAACAAAGGGGAACGAAAGAAUUUGGUAAUAUUUACAAGAAACCUUCAUUAGAGACGAAUCUUUUUCGACCGAAAACAAAAGUCUGUUCGAUUCUCCUCUUAUCAACAACAAACUCAUUUAAUGUUUUGAUUCUUAGCGGCUCCAUACGAUGCGAAACACUGUUCACUUGAGUACUAUUGUAGGCCCAGCAGAAUUGACCCGAUUCUGGGUUUUUACGCAAAAAACCCUAUUCAAAUGAGGAAAAAACCGGGAAAAAACCCCGGGGAAGAGGUUUUUUUGCGUAUAAAACCAGUAAAAUACUUGGCUGAAUAGGUCCAUCAUCAUCUCGUCCCCCCCUUUUCUCUCUUUUUCAGACCUAAUAUGAUACCGGAACGUUUGUCGUGUUUUGUAGCCGUACGUGUCCAACUAAAACUUCACUAUUCGUCAGAUACGUAGGAAAAACGAAUGCUGGGCCUAUCGCAAUCCACGUGGAAUGUCUGUCAGCUCGGCAUCAUUUUCUUCUUCAACUUUUUUCCCUGGUUCUGUUUGUGUAAGUCCUCCUGUUUUUUUGAGAAAACGUUCCCCGCAAUAUAAACAUUGUUUUUUUUCACAUUUUCAGCGGCCUUAUCCCAGACUAUAGUGGAAAAAGUGUCAAAAACGCAUGGCCUAGGCGAACAUGCCGGAUAUUAUAGGUAACUGAUUUUGCGGUGAGCAAACGCGUUCUAUUAAACGCAAUACUCGGUGAUUUCCGCCGAAAUUUUGACAAAAAGCCAAUUUUAUAAGCGCCGAGUGCGGUAGAGCGCGUUUGCACACCAAGACGCCAUUUUCUUGCCGAUAUUCUUUGCAAAGUUUUCGCAUUUUGCAGUUCCUUCAUUUCCUACCUCAUCUUCACUUUCGGCCAUUUCGUCGCCACUCCCAUCGUCGAAAUCAUCACUCCCAAGUGGUCGGUGCUCGUCGGAUUGGUCGGCUACGCCCUUUACGAAAUGGCGUUUCUCUGGAUAAACGAGUAUUUCCUCUAUUUCUCCGCCGCAUUUUCCGGAUUUUCCGGCUCUUGUAAGUGCGUAUUAUCGGGGCAUUUUAAUGUGAACGCGCACGCGCUAACAGAAUUUGAGCUAUUUUCUCUAAAACAAGCGAGAAAUGCUCGUAAAUCGACACGGCCGGGGGACUAGUGCGUAUUUCUCUUCCAGCCGUUUUUGCGCGAGAGAAAAAAGAAAUUGUAGUACUGUGGACGGGCCAGUUCGACUAUUUGGCUCAAAACACUCAACCGCACACUUUGGACCGCAACUCUUCGAUUCUAUGGGGAUUGUCGCAGAUUUCGUGAGUACUUUCAACUGAAAAAUAGAUUUUCGCGGCGAAAAAUGUGUUCGUACAAGUUUGUCAUCGCGAUGAAACAGAUAAAAAUGCGAUUUUUCGAUGAAAUACGUGUGUUUUUGUUCAAAUUGAAGUUAUUUGACAAUGCGAUCAGUUAGAGUCAUUCAAUAUUUGUGCUCUGAUGUCUUAAUCUCCCAAUUUCCAGCCUGAUCCUCGGCGGCUGUUACCUUUUGCUCAUUUAUCGUUUCCAGUCAGGAGACGAGUUCCAAAUGCCUCUGGUAAGCUGAAAAAAAAGGUUCCACAAGUUCAGAUGUUUUCCAGAUCCGUCUGGUGGUCACCUCCUUCCUCGCCUGCACCGUUGUCUCCAUUUUCAUCGGCGUCUUCCUGCCGAAACCGGUGUACACUGCGGAAAAACAGAAAAUUCCCUAUUUACAGCAUUUGUGUACGUUUUUAGGGCACUACCAGUUAGGCCAUGUCACUUUUCCAGAUGAAAUCCUGAAAGUUUCGACGGACCGCAACCUGCUCCUUCUUUUCUUCACAUUCUGCUACACUGGCAUGGAAACGUCGUUUUUCACGGUCGUUUUCCCGACGAUGAUCUCUUUUACGCGAAAACUGGGCAGCAAUCGGGAUAUGAACGCGUACACGUUGAUUUGCGUGGGCGUCGGCAAUGUGACAGGUCAGCAAAUCAACUGAAGAGUAUAAAUGAACCUAUUGAGCAAGUUUGGUGCCACUGAAACUUCUCCCUUUUCCAGGCAGUCUGGCGCUUUCGAUCCUCGGAGCUCGCGUUCGAGAACUCGGCCGAAAAAACAUGGUUCUCCUCGCGGUUAUUCUUCACAUUUCCUCGUUUUCAAUGAUUUUUCUCACGUUCCCCGAUGAAUCGUCGCUGAAACCGACGGAAGAGUUGGGAUACUAUCCGCCAAGGUCUCUGAAUGACACUUUUGUCAAAAACAACGUUUUUUGUAUUUCAGAGCUCUGAUUGUGCUCAUUUGUGCCUUCUUUUUGGGCGUUGGCGACACUAUUGUCAAUCAACAAUGCUACACAAUUCUCAGCGACAUUUUCGAGCACGACAAGCGAAUCGAAGCGUUCGCCGUUUAUCGAUUUUUCCAGGCAAGUCCGCUCUACCGCACUUUUGGCGCUAAAUUUUCAGUUCACUGACUGCUCAAAAUUGUUAAUAUUUGGUGUUUUCCAGCUAAAAUCUACCAGUUUUUAACUAAAAUUCUCAGAGCGCCGCCGGUUGCGUUGUAAUGUUCUACGCGACGCAGGUCUACCUCAAAACUCACAUUUUUCUAUUGACAUUUUUUGCGGUGAUGUCUUCGAUCACUUUUUGUGGAAUUCGGUUAGAUUUCAAGUUAUUAUCUGGGGAAAAAAAAGAGCAUUUCAGAAUUCCAAAAGGUUUUUCAUUGCCGGCGAGUUCCGAGCAAGUGGAGGAUGUUAUGCAAAGAAAUUAG